CUGGAACACGCUCCUCAGUAGAGAUUCGUCCUCCGUUCAAUGUGGUACAGUGGGACCUAUAUCGUGAGUGUUUUCUGUCCGUGCGGCGUUCGACGGUUUUGGCUUCGCGCAUCAGCGUGUUCGAUAGUUCGCGUGUUUUUGUUCCAUGCGUUCGCGUUCCGAAACGAGUGACGUGAUCAGUGGAAGGCAAAUAAUCGGUUGAAAGUGCACCAUCUGAUAAUAAUAAUAAAAUAAAAUAAAAACUCGGAACGGUGCCGGAUAGUUGUUUGGAGUGAAACCAAAAAAAUAAAAACGAUCGAAGUGUUUGGGGGAUAAUCAAUUUAUAUGACGAUGCAUGUGUGUACGUCUCUCCCGGGAAGAUAAGAGUUCAAUCAAGUGAGUCACGGCGCUGAUUAAAUUACGUGAGUGCAGAGUUGAAAAGUUGAUUUGUGACAUUGGAGUUUGCUGGUUAAGAAAGUGUGUCUGUGUUUUUUCUCGGAAUUCGGCAAUUUAGAGAGUUGCUGCAUUAGUCAAGGUCAGUGUUGCUGAAAGUAGUUAUAUCCAGUGAUUGAAACCUAAUUAUUCAUCUGUCAGUUCAAUGGAAUGUGUCUAUCAAUUGGCUAUUAGAUGUUGCGUCAGUGAUGUUUUGAUUGAAAAUUAGUGAUCGCUUUAUGCAAUACAAGUGCGUGUGAGAGAAAAUCAACCACUGUGUUGAAAAUGCUGCAAAGCAGCAAAUGUGAUUGAUUAUUAGUGGUAUCCCGAAUAUUCAUGAGUUAAAAUCCGGCACAAAUCCCUGAUUUAAUUCAGCGAUAAAAGCCCACGAAAAACAACCCGUUAAGGUUUUUUUCCAGUUACAAGCCGGACGCGUGCUACUGGUGUUCCAUUCACGCUAAUAGGAUUCAUAAUUAGUGCUUGGGAAAGCGUACCUGGUGAAGGCGAUAGGACCAAAACCGGCGACAGAACCCACUUUAUCCUGUCCGAACCUAGAUCCAUAUAAGUGAGCAAAGGGAGAAUUACCGUAGAAAAAACCUAUCCCCACGAAACCUAAUCCGUUUGCUGCAUACAGACGUAAUACCCGAAAAUAACAAUUGUCGCCCAGUUCACCACCCACUUUAGGAAGUUCUGUGUGUUUGUCUGACUCGACUCGACGAUCUACCGGGAAAAAGUGAGUGUAGUGUCUGUUCCCUGUUCCGGAGGAAAGGAGAUUUCGCGCUGAAAAAGCCGGUGUGCAGUGAACCAGACAGCGAGAAGGAUUAAUUUCCAUAAAUCAAAUCUGACUGCUAGUGUUGUUGAUGCAGAAUUUCGCACGCGUGAGGCGAUGAUUUAUGAAGACAGUUGACCGGAAAAUGACUGGGGUUCAUAAAUAAGCGAGAGCUUGUUUGCCAAAAAUCCGUUCGAGUAGGCAUAUUUGAAACGAGGAACACUACGCGCAAUCGUUGACGUUUUUGGAUCGCAAUUUGAAUAACGAGUUGCGAGAUUGUGAUUCUAUACGAUGUAAUCAGUGUACGGAAAAAUCCUACCCCGGCCCCAAAGUGUUUGUUCAGCUGAUAAAACCGAGGCGACAGUGGAGAGUGUUUUUAUCGUUCGCGGAAUCGGCACCGGUGACAGUUCAAUGCAAGUGAUUGUGCGUUUCUUGGAAUUUGAAGAUGAUUAGCCAGCCCGGAAGAAUUCGGUCUUCGUGCAGCAGACCGUAAAGGUUUCGUCGAGUGAAAGAAAAGGUGACGACUAAUUGUAACAUAAUGGAAUACAAGCACACCUUGAACCCGACCACCGCGACUCGAGCAGCCCAGUUCCACCAGCAGCCACAGUGCCAUCAGUAUCAUCACCAGUGUCAGUGCCAGUGCCAGUGCCAGCAGCCGAGCCUGGUGAGAGCUUAGCAGUUGUUCGUUCGGCAACAACAUUUGAGCAUCAUCCCGGUUCCACGCCGCAGUGCAGCAGAAGAUCUUCUACGCGAGAUACAAAAGACUAUGAUCAUCCGCCGCUGCUAGCAUAAUUGAAACAAACUACGCCAGCUGGAGAUUCUCAUACUAGCGCCCACACACAAUCACACACGCACGAAAUCACCAACGGCAUCAAAUCGGUCUGUAAGAUGCUAUCCCUAGACAUGUACACCGCACUGGCCACGGUGCUACUGUUGGGUACCUGCCUGCUACCCACCGGUCAUGCCGGACUGGCCAACUGUCCCAUCGGAUGUCAGUGCGAUGACGACACCCUGGUGGUGACAUGCGGCGAAGGCCAUCUGGACGUUCUACCGAUCGUCCUGAAUCCAUCGCUUCAGCGAUUAGUCAUCAAAAACAACAAAAUCAAAACCAUUGAUUCGUCGAUGCAGUUCUACGCCGAACUGACCUUCCUAGAUCUAAGCUACAAUCAUCUGUUCAACAUGCCACCGCGAACGUUUGCCUAUCAGAAGAAACUUACCGAGUUGCACCUGAACCAUAACAAGGUGGGUUCGAUUUCGAACAAAACCUUCCUCGGACUGGAAUCGCUAUCGAUUCUGAAUCUCCGGGGGAACUUUCUGGACGAACUGACGGAGGGUGUGUUCUUUGGUCUGAAAAAACUCGAAGAGCUUAAUCUCGGUCAGAACCGAAUCGGGAAGAUUGAUCCGAAAGCCUUCGAGGGCUUAACGAACCUGAAGGUGCUCUACCUGGACGACAACACGUUGAGUACCGUCCCGUCGGAAGCGUUCGGACCGCUAGCCAGUUUGGCUGAACUGUACUUGGGAAUAAAUUCCUUUACAACCAUUCCGAAGGAUGCAUUUAUGACGCUUAGCAAGCUGAGUCAUCUGGAUUUAAAAGGAGCCGCCCUGUCCAACGUAACCAGCGAGAGUUUCAACGGACUUGAAGGAUUGAGGACAUUGGAUUUGUCGGACAAUCGGCUGAGUAGGAUACCGACGCCGGAGCUGAUGCCGCUGGUUCGGUUGGAGGAGUUAGCGUUGGGACAGAACGACUUUGAUAGUAUUCCGACGGCCGCAUUCGCGGGAAUGAGUAAUCUGAGAAAAUUGGACAUAUCAGGAUCGUUGAAGCUGAGCAGAAUCGAGGGUGGAGCUUUUUCGGCGAAUGCUAAUCUCGAAGAAAUUGUUAUAGCCUCGAACAAGGCCUUGGCGGAGAUACACGAGGGAGCGUUGAGUGGGUUGCCACAUCUGAGGCGGUUGGUACUGAAGGACAAUGCUUUGACGACUCUGUCGGAUGGGUUAUUCUCGUGGAAUGAGCUGGUGGAUUUGGAUCUGUCGGAGAACCCGAUCGCUUGUGAUUGUCGGAUUCUGUGGCUGAGAAAUGUGCUGGUGAAUAAAAGUAAUAGCAGUCAGAAUCAGAUUCCAGUGAUAUGUGCCUCACCGGAUCGGUUGAGAGAGCAGGCUCUGCAAGCCUUAUCACCGGAUUUGUUAGGUUGUUCCCACACGGAUCCUCGACAGCAGGCGAUUAUUUGUGCCGUACUAGUAGCAGCCGCAGCCAUCCUGACAACUUUGGCACUAGUGAUCUACAAAUGUCGCAGGCGGAUUCGGGAAGUAGUGAAAGGUGGCUGGGGAAACAGUGCCAUGGGCCGGAAAGAGCGUGAAUAUCAGAAAACUUUCUCCGAGGAAGAUUACAUGGGACGACACCCGAAUCCGUGCGGGUUGGGAGUGCACCCAACUACACUGAACAACUACCAAAUCAACAACCACCACACACAUGGCAUCCGUCACAUACCGGUAACGGAACUAUAGC